UAGGUGUAUGUGGGCAGACAGAAGAUGAGAAUUCAGGAGCAUUUCGACUGUGGACUCUUGGUAAACAGAUAUAGUUAGUCAUUAACACACUUUAAACACCACAUCUACCAUUCCAGUUCCUUUCUUAUUUUCAGAAUUUCUCAUCUAGGAGAGGGAAAAUCUGGCCUCUAAUUGUCCCCGCUGAUCCCUGCUUAAUACGGGUUUGUUGCCAUGAUGAGGAGCCUUAUCCUCUACAUCUCAGUGCUGGUUGUAUUUUGGCCUGCCAGAGCUCUCUGCAAGUCAGUUUUUUCUAGCAGCCCAAAAGCACACAUGCUCCUGCGCUCAAGAAGAGCUAACGGAUUUAUGGAGGAACUAAAGCCCCCAUCGUUGGAGCGUGAGUGUAGGGAGGAAAUAUGCAAUUUCGAAGAGGCGAGGGAAAUCUUCAAUACUAGGGAGGCCACGCUGGAAUUCUGGACAGUGUAUACAGAUGCAGACCAGUGUGCCUCGAAUCCAUGUGUUAAUGGAAAGUGUGUGGACAUGUUUCAGGAUUACUCCUGCAUCUGCAACCCAGGGUUUGAAGGGAGAAAUUGUCACCUGCGCAGCACAGCCACUAACUGCUCUGUGAACAAUGGCGAUUGUGAUCAUGAGUGCCACGAGAAAGAGGACGGUCUUGGUCGCACAUGCAGUUGUAUUAAAGGAUACCAACUCCAAGAUGACUCUAGAAAGUGUACUGCCAAAAACGAGGCUUCAUGUGGCCAGAUUCGGAUUGCAAAGUCAUUCUAUAGAAAUAAGCCUACAGUUGGUUUAACGCCAUGGCUUAUGGGGGGCACAGUUGGUAAAAAGGGAGAGAGUCCCUGGCAGGCUCUUAUACGAAAUCAUGAAAACAAGUUUCAUUGUGGUGGAGUUUUGAUUGAUGAAAACUGGGUCCUCACUGCAGCUCACUGCCUAGAGACAAGCACGCGGUUCAGCGUCGUACUGGGUGACUAUGAACGGUUCAAGAUAGAAGAAACAGAGAUGGUAAUUCCCGUCAAACAAGCCAUUACUCACCCACAAUACAACCCUUUCACAGUGGACAAUGACAUAGCUCUGUUGCGCUUGUCUGGACCAGCAAAAUAUUCCACAUACAUACUCCCAGCAUGCCUCCCUGGCCGGGACUUGGCAGAACGCAUGUUGCAUCGCAACGGUACCAUGACAGUGGUCACUGGCUGGGGGAAGGAUAAUCAGUCAGCUCACCGUUACAGUUCAACUCUCAACUUUAUCGAUAUUCCAAUUAUAGACAGCAAACAGUGUUCCGGCUAUAUGAUGAACAACCUGACGCAGAACAUGUUAUGUGGUGGUGUGCUGGGGCAAAUCAAAGAUGCUUGUGAGGGAGACAGUGGGGGUCCGAUGAUGACAAUGCAUCAUGACACUUGGUUCCUCAUUGGUCUGGUGUCCUGGGGAGAGGGAUGUGGGCAGAAAGACAAACUGGGCAUCUACACCAAAGUGUCCAGCUAUUUGGAUUGGAUAGAUAGUGUUCGCCAGGAGUGGGAUAAAGUUUAGGCCCCAGACAACUCUAUCUCAUUCUGCUUUUAAGUGAAAUUUAUGUGUCAGAGAAUUCCCUUGGUUCUUUCAGUGAAGAGAACAACAUGUAAUAAACACCUACAUUUAUUCUGCUAUGAA